CCCUCACAAAAGAUAAUGUGGUACAAGCUGCCUCUGAACGCCUAUAUACAAAACUCUCUAUCCUUCCUUCCUAUCAGUUAACAUCCCACAGCUCAUUUCUGUCCUUCACUAAUCUGAGAUCUGAGUCUGCGAAAGCAAGAUGUGUGAAUGGCAUGAGAUCUUAUUCCACCACGGCUGUCUUAACACUCGUGAUCUUAUCGAAAAGUAUACGCCGGAUGCGACUUGCACUCGAAAUACUACAAAUCCUCAGCGAAGGAUACAUAUGUAAGCAAGGGCCAAUCAAAUCAGGUGACUCAAUACAAGGCAGAUUUAAGUGUAACCCUCCAAAAUCAAUCCUUUGCAACCAUCAAUGCACUUCUCGUCUCUUUUCAAAGAAAUCUUUCAUCAUGGACGAGGUCAACAACACGUAUUCAGAGCUUGUCAGAGCCUGAGAACAAUCCGGAUCGUUGUUGACGUGCCUAUCGAACUCUUAGCGCCUGGCAACUACCUGGCUUCAGCCUUCGAUUCUAUUAAGCUUUUCACGACAAGCUGGAAAGAACAUUACGCGGUCCGGGAAAUUGUUGUUGACAUUUAUCCACGGCAUGCAUACAUUGUCAUCGACAUCAACAAUCACCGUUAUGACUUCGAGCUCGCUCACCUGCAGCACUUCACUAUUCCGGUUCACAUUCUUCGCUUGUCAAGGAAAAGCAAGAAUUGGUCUUUCUUUAGACGAGAAUUAGAGGAUCGACGAGUCGCGAAGGACAUUGCAGAGCUACACAGGCGCAAUGGCCAGAAGCAGCCCCCUUUCUUUGCGGAUCAUAUUAGAGGGUCUGUGUACCUCUCUCCCCGUACAACCUGAAGGCACAAUGAGCCAGAUGUGAUUUGUUAUGCAUGCAGCGUCGCG